CUUUGCAGAGUUCUACCGGCUUUGGAACCUGGACCAUGGUGAACAGGGAGCACUCACAGUGUCAUAAUGUGGGGAGAAGAAGGGAGAGGCAUCCUGCAACCACAGUGAGCUCGACAGAGACACACAGGCAAAGACUAAGCUCAAGAACAGCUUGACCUAGAAACUCCUCAUUUGUUUUGCUGAGCUUGCCUUGUACAGAAUGAGGGACUUUCAGCAUCGUCAGGGGCUAAUGCUCUGGGCCCAGUUCCAGUGCCCUUCAUGUGAAGCAAGGAUGAAGAUGAGACGCCACAAACUCUUUUUGACUCUCUGCAUGGCUGGUCUCUGCCUCAUUUCCUUUCUGCACUUCCUCAAGGCCCUCUCUUAUGUCACCUUCCCCCGGGAGCUGGCUUCACUUAGUCCCAACCUUGUCUCCAGCUUCUUCUGGAACAAUGCACCGGUCACGCCGCAGGUCAGUCUUGAGCCGGGGGGACCCGAGUUCCUCCGCACACCACUUUACUCCCACUCACCCUUGCUCCAGCCCCUGUCUCCCAGCAGAGCCAGUGAGGAGCUACACAGAGUUGAGUUUGUUCUGCCAGAAGACACAGCAGAGUAUUUUGUCCGUACCAAAGCCGGUGGCGUCUGCUUCAAACCAGGCACCAAGAUGUUGGAGAAGCCACCAGUGGUCCGGCCAGAGGAGAGAUCAGAUGGUGCUACGUCGGGGCGGCCAGCCCGCAAGCCGCUGAGCGCCAGUGGGACCAAGCGGCGCAAGUGGGUGGAAUGCGUGUGCUUGCCUGGCUGGCAUGGUCCAAGCUGUGGGGUGCCCACUGUGGUCCAGUACUCAAACCUGCCCACCAAGGAUAGGCUUGUGCCACGGGAGACACCCCGGCGGGUCAUCAAUGCCAUCAACGUCAACCACGAGUUUGACCUCCUGGACGUCCGCUUCCAUGAGUUGGGUGAUGUGGUAGACACCUUUGUGGUCUGCGAGUCUAACUUUACGGCAUACGGCGAGCCACGCCCGCUCAAGUUCCGUGAGAUGCUGCUCAAUGGCUCCUUCGACUACAUCCGCCACAAGGUGCUGUACGUCUUCCUGGACCACUUCCCCCUCGGCGGGCGCCAGGAUGGCUGGAUUGCCGACGACUACCUGCGCACCUUCCUGACCCGGGAUGGCAUCUCCCGCCUCCGAAACCUGCGCCCGGAUGACGUCUUCAUCAUUGAUGAUGCGGAUGAGAUCCCAGCCCGUGAUGGCGUGCUCUUCCUCAAGCUCUAUGAUGGCUGGACAGAACCCUUUGCCUUUCACAUGCGCAAGUCCCUCUAUGGCUUCUUCUGGAAGCAGCCAGGCACCCUGGAGGUGGUCUCUGGAUGCACAGUGGGGAUGCUGCAGGCCGUCUAUGCUACCGAUGGGAUCCGCCUCCGCCGCCGGGAAUACUAUACCAUGCCCGGCUUCCGGCAGUAUGAGAACAGCACGGGACACAUCCUGGUGCAGUGGUCACUAGGCAGCCCUCUCCAUUUUGCUGGCUGGCACUGUUCCUGGUGUUUCACACCAGAGGGCAUCUACUUCAAACUGGUGUCAGCCCAGAAUGGGGACUUCCCCCGCUGGGGUGAUUAUGAGGACAAGCGGGACCUCAACUAUAUCCGGGAGCUGAUCCGAACUGGGGGGUGGUUUGAUGGCACCACCCAGGAGUACCCCCCCGCUGACCCUAAGGAACAGAUGUACGCCCCAAAGUACCUGCUAAAACACUACGAGCGGUUCCACUACCUCCUGGAGAAUCCCUACCGGAGGGCAGAGGUGGCUGGGUGAGGGACG